CACUGCGUCGCUCAACAAGCAAGCAAGCAAGAAGCAAGCAACAGCUGUCACGAUGCCGCCCAUCCACUGCUUGGCUGUGUUUGAUGUGCGCAAGCUCAACGCAGCUGACCUGCGAAAGGUUGGCGAGGUAUACGGGCGCCUGUCAUCAUACGAGUGCAGGGGUCGCUACGGCUUUCUGAGGUAUGAGAACCCGCAGGAUGCGGAGCGAGUCCUUCGCGAGGUGAAGGAGACGACAUACCUCGGCAUGCGCCUACGAUUUGAGCCCGCCAACUCUCAAAAUGGAGAGUACCGGUACCGUCCAGACCCAUCACGCCGCGUCCCCUCAGCAACAACAACUACAACCGCGGCAGCGACAGCAGGCCUUGACCUUGACCCGCCUGCUGCCAAGAGCAGAUUAGACCGAGAGAGGAACAAGUACAUUGCUUCAUGAUUUCGCGGGCACACCGGCAAUCAUUAUCGUCAACACUUGCCUGCCUCUUUGUACUGUUGUAAUUGAAGCUUCGUCACCAAUGUCUGUGUGGGUGUGCUUGCGCUGUCUUGUCUGAAGUGCCAACACAACCGACCUCCCCUCUCUUUCCUUUUGUCUGUGCAGUCACGGACUAAGUGCCAUGUGUGUAUCUUUGCAACGUUGCACCCACGAGUACAACGCCAGGCACGCAGCAGACAGCCUCCUCAAGCCAGGCAGCACCGGUCCCCAAACAAAAG